GUCCUUGAAUGUGGAGGCGGAGAUGCUGGAGAAGACAGCGCCUCACUCGCGACAAGGAGAGCCCGGGCACGUGUCCAUGUACGUGAUCUGAUUGGAUACAUCGCCAUGACGUUCAGAGCACUGUGACGUCAUUCACUGGCUCUCAUUUUGGAAGGGAUUCAGUCGGCCAUCGCAGAUACACCGACAGCUUCGCUCUGGGAAGCGGCCGUUCACCUGCUCAUUGUGUGUGAAGAGACUCAUUCAGUUAACCCACCUUGUGAUGCUCCGGUUAAAAAUGACAAGGAAUUUGUCUACGGGAAUCUCAAACACAACAUGCCAGUUUUGCUGUCUCUGUCCAGAUAUUUAAGAGAGGAGCAAGGGAUUCACUCAAUCAUCCUUCCUGCUCAGACUGUGGGGAAGGAUUCACUCAAUCAUCUGACCGACUGGUGUGCCCGUCAUUUGCUGGGACACUGGGAAUUGAUUUAGUCAGUCAUUUCAACUGAAGGUACAUCAGCAAGUUCACACUGGGCAAGGCCAUUCAUCUGUUCUGUGGUUGAGAAGGCAUUCAGUUGGUCAUACCACCUGUGGAUACACUGGUCAGUUCUCUCUAUGCAGAGGCUUGACAUCUGCUGAAUUUUUGGGGAAGGAUUCACUCGGUCAUCUGACCUAAUGGCUCACCAGCGAGUUCACACUAGGGAGCGGCCGUUCACCUGCUCAGUCUGUGGGAAGGGAUUCACUAAAUCAUCCCACCUGCUGAGACACCAGUCAGUUCACACUGGAGAGAGGCCGUUCACCUGCUCAGACUGUGGUAAGGGGUACAUUUGCUCAUCCCAACUGAAGGUACAUCAGCGAGUUCACACCGGGGAGAGGCCGUUCACCUGCUCAGACUGUGGGAAGGGAUUCACUCAGUCAUCCGACCUACUGGCACACCAGUCAGUUCAUACUGGAGAGAGGCGAUUCACCUGCUCAGAGUGUGGGAAGGGAUUCACUUGCUCAUCUCACCUAUUGAGACACCAGUCAGUUCACACUGGAGAGAGGCCAUUCACUUGCUUAGACUGUGGGAAGGGAUUCACUUGUUCAUCUCAUCUACUGAGACACCAGUCAGUUCACACUGGAGAGCGCCCGUUCACCUGCUCAGACUGUGGGAAGGGGUUCACUUGCUCAUCCGAGCUGAAGGUACAUCAGCGAGUUCACACUGGGGAGAGGCCAUUCACCUGUUCAAACUGCGGGAAGGCAUUCAAUCAGUCAUCUGAACUGAAGGUACAUCAGCGAAUUCACACUGGUGAGAGGCCAUUCACCUGUUCAGACUGUGGGAAGGGAUUCACUUGCUCAUCCCAACUGAAGGUACAUGAGCGAGUUCACACUGGGGAGAGGCCAUUCACCUGCUCUGAUUGUGGGAAGGGAUUCACUUUCUCAUACAAACUGAAGGUACAUCAGCGAGGUCACACUGGGGAGCGGCCGUUCAUCUGCUCAGACUGUGGGAAGGGAUUCACUUGCUCAUCCCGACUGAAGGUACAUCAGCGAAUUCACACUGGGGAGAGGCCGUUCACCUGCUCAGAGUGUGGGAAGGGAUUCACUCAGUCAUCUGAACUGAAGGUACAUCAGCGAGUUCACACUGGAGAGAGGCCGUUCACCUGCUCAGUGUGUGGGAAGGGAUUCACUCAAUCAUUUAAACUGAAGGUACAUCAGAGAGUUCACACUGGAGAAAGGCCAUUCACUUGCUCAGACUGUGGGAAGGGAUUCACUCAGUCAUCCAUCCUAAUGGCUCACCAGCAAGCUCACAGUGGGGAGCAGCCGUUCACCUGCUCAGACUGUGGAAAGGGAUUCACUCGGUCAUCCCAACUGAAGGUACAUCAGAGAGUUCACACUGGGGAGAGGCGGUUCACCUGUUCAACUAUGGGAAGGGAUGCACUCAGUCAUCCAUCCUAAUGGCACGCCAACGAGUUCACAGUGGGGAGCGGCCGUUCACCUGCUAAAACUGCAGGAAGGGAUUCAAUCAGUCAUCUGAACUGAAGGUACAUCAGCGAGUUCACACUGGGGAGUGGCCGUUCACCUGCUCAGACUGUGGAAAGGGAUUCACUCGAUCAUCUGAACUGAAGGUACAUCAGUGAGUUCACACUGGGGAGAGGCCGUUCACAUGCUCAGACUGUGGAAAGGGAUUCACUCGAUCAUCUGAACUGAAGGUACAUCAGCGAGUUCACACUGGGGAGAGGCCGUUCACAUGUGCAGUGUAUGGGAAGGGAUUCACUCAGUCAUAUAAACUGAAGGUACAUCAGAGAGUUCACACUGGAGAGAGGCCAUUCACCUGCUCAGACUGUGGGAAGGGAUUCACUCAGUCAUCCAUCUUAAUAGCACACCAUCGAGUUCACAGUGGGGAGAGGCCGUUCACCUGCUGCGAAUGUGGGAAUGUAUUCACUCAGUCAUCUAAGCUCAUGUAACUCUCGCUUCAGCUAGCAGCUUAAAAUACGGGGUGAUAGCCCCCAACUCAGCCCGGUCAAACUUAAGAAAUCUCGUUUGGGUGGAUGCUGCUUGAGGUGUCCCCGUUACAAAUUAGUAUGCUGAAAUAACAAACAGUAAACAAUAUGUGAUUAAAUGAUUGAGCUUUAUAAUUCUUACUUUGACCAUUGCAUUAGUAAGGAAAAUUAAAAAAAAGAAAAAGUGCUCUCUCUCUCCAUUUGCAUCUUCUCACGUCUCCCUGGCAAAAGACCGUGGUAAUAUCACUUCCAGACUCACAAGAAAGAACAUUUCUGUCAUUGGACAGCCCAGCACUCCAAAACCCUGUUAUCUCUAGUUGUAACCUAAACAUUGCUGCUGCAGAGAAACCACUACCUCAGCAGUGAAACAUUACAGAGAGGCCAUUACAUCAGCAGUGAAACCUUAGAGCAUGUUAUACUUGUGACACACUACCGGGUUCACACUGGGGAGAAAGUUUCAAUAGGCUGCAUGCUGGAUAUUUGUCCAUCACAAUUGCUGAAUGCAAUUUCGAGACUGUCUGUCGGUGCUGAACUCUGCAAUUAUUGCUGCUGCUCACCACACCCAGUCCUGCACCCUGGUCACUAAGCAUGGGAGGAGUUUCUUCUGCUGCACAUUCACCUUUAAUGGAACUGGAGUUUAAUAUUCUGGGUCUAAGACAAAUAAAUAUUUUGAAUUCUGUCUUCAGUAUUUAGGUUUCACACAACUAGUGUACAGUAGAGAGUCAACUCAAGCCAGCUGGACCCUGCCAGUGAUUCAGUUCCAUGACAUUCCUUUUUAAUCCUCCCCUGUUGUUCAUAUCUCACUCUCCCUGGGUGGUGAGAUCCACCACUGGAUCCAUUGUCCAGUGGUGAUGGAUUCCAAACAAAAACCUCUCUGUGGUGAAGAGGAUUCCUUUGAGUUUUCUGCAGAGUGAAGAUGUCGAGGAGAAGGGAAUCAGCAGCAGGGCAUGGCAACGAAUGACAGAGUAGUUACAUUCGGAAGCUGAUUGACACAAGAAAAUCUUUUGUUUGUCUGACUGAUGACAAACUAUACCCAUGGUGAGCUGCUCCACUGGUUGAGGAACUUGUGUGCAUUGGGAAAUGCUUUAUUUAUUGAGGGAGUUGUUUCUGCUUGUUUUUCCUGUAAUUUUAUAUCCGGAUGGUUAUUACGGACUGUUCCAUCUGAAAUAAUGUAUUGAUUAACGUAUAGUUUUGUCACCAUCUCGUCUUCUUAGAUCGGUGGGAUAUCUCCCAUGGAGGGUCAUACUCAUUCCACUGGUUAAUGUUUUCUUCCAGAGUGAUAAUUCAUUUUUCUGAGUUGGCCUCUCAUUUAAGUUUUCUGUUCUGUAUAUCUUAUCACGAUUGCAUAUACACACAUGGAAUGCUGAAUCCAGUUCAUUUUUGAUUAAAAG